GGUACGCCACUCACAUUGUUGGCAAAUGGCAUCUCGGUUACUUCAAGUGGGAGUACACCCCGACGUACCGGGGAUUUGACACGUUCUACGGGUUUUACCUUGGAGCCGAAGAUCAUUGGACGCAUAAGCGGMUGGAUAUAUUGGAUCUUCGAGACCAGAAAACUCCUGACAAAAAGCAGGACGGGGUUUAUUCUGCACAUCUAUUUUCGCAGCGAGCAGAAAAAAUAAUUGCCGAACACAAUACGUCAAUGCCAUUGUUUCUUUACCUGCCYUUCCAAGACGUCCAUGGCCCAACGCAAGCACCAGAUGAAUUCGUCAACAAGUACCAGUUUAUUACUAACAAAGUUCGACGUACGUACGCAGGGAUGAUGAGCGCUGUAGAUCAAGCAAUUGGUAAUAUCACCAAGGCUAUCAAAGACAAAGGAUUAUGGGACAAUACAUUAAUAAUAUUUACAACAGAUAACGGAGGCAUACCUCCAGYGGGUGGCUACAAUUGGCCUCUACGAGGGCACAAAGCAACCUUAUGGGAGGGAGGGGUGAAAGGAGCUGGAUUUGUACAUGGAAAGAUGGUUGAGAAGAAGCCAAGGGUAUGCAAUGAGAUGAUYCACGUGACUGAUUGGUAUCCAACGCUGGCGUCACUCGCAGGUGUAGAGCCRCCUUCAGGAAUUGAUGGCUUCGAUGUCUGGAAGACCAUCUCGCAAGGCGACCCUUCGCCCAGGACCGAGAUACUUCACAACAUCGAUAUGGAUACCUCGUUUGACAGGACRCUAGCCGGACAUCAAGGUGCUGCGCUACGUGUAAACGAUAUGAAGCUUUUAGUAGAAGUGCCAAAUUCCACUUGGUUCAAACCUCCAGAGUUAGGAGGURAAACACCAAAGCMACAACGUUCAACCAUUCAUCUGGCGUUGUUCAACAUCACCGCUGAYCCAAAUGAACGGAAUGACCUUAGUGAAAAACUUCCCGAUGUGCUCAGCAGUCUUAAGGAACGUCUUGAAUAUUACAUGAAGGGCGUGGUACCAUCACGGAAACAACCUCCUGAUCCAUUGGCCAGAAAAACAGCAGAAAGACAAGGUUAUUGGGGCCCGUGGAUGUCGUAGAUAGACACGAGUAUACGCAUGUGUUUUUGAAGCUAUACCAAACAAAUAUUUCCCUCGUUGCUAAUACUUAGCAAAUGCGCACGGUUUUUCGUUGUAUGUCCUCUUAUUGACACACUCCUGACGUGAUCAUUAAAUGUUCAAAACUUAAGUGGACCCACGAGCGCAGCGUGUGCAAUUUGUUUUUUUACCACAUUUUUAGUCUAAAUAUAUUAGCGAAAAUCAGUCUUUUCUUUCAAUUGAGCGCGCGCGCGAGACGUGUUGUCAGCACAGUGUGCCACAGGCAGCCCAAGCUAAGCAUUUAACUAGCAGAUAUAGCAAUAUCUAUAAUGCAUGUAAAUACGAAAUUUUUGAAAGAAAAAAUAAGUAAAAAACAUUUGACCUACCUUAUGAUGUGGUCUUAGUUAUGAAUUUAGGCGUAAUUUGCCGUUUUUCUUUGAUAUCUCGGAGAUAUUGCAUUAUAGAUAUUGCUAUAAUCUGCUAGUUAAAUGCUUAGCUUGGGCUGCCUGUGAGUGUGCAUGUCCUCAAUCAACCAAUCAGCGCGCGAGAAUUUACAUAAGUGUGAUAAAAAUAAAAUUGGAGAAAGUAGUAUGAUUUGUAACACUUUCCCCAAAUUGUUCAGUCCGUCUAUCGAGAAGACUUUUAGAAAGAUGUUAUUUUCCUACCUGCGAUAACWCGAUGUAGAGAGACAUAGAUAGAGAGAUCGAAAAACUCAGAGAGAAAAUUGAAAAAAUUGAAAUGCAAGUCUUGACAUCCAUGUCACCUACACUAGCGUUACAUAUCUGUAGUGUAAAGUCAAAAGUCAAUUUUCUUGUUUUUGUUUAUUUGUUGUUGUUUUUGUUUGUUUUAAACGCAAUAAUAACCAUCCGAAAAAAUAACUCUUAGUAGUAGUAGUGUAACCAAGCGUGAACAAUGUACAAAUGUAAGUCAUUGUCAGGUGUUCAAAGUGUCAGUAUGGAGGUUGCUUGAAAGCAACCCGAGGGACCAUCCCCGGUUGCCCAGGUAAUCUUCAGCCGUCGAGGAAUGAGGGACAGGAGAUUACCAGCUCUGGGCUCCCAAGGAUUCCCUGGUUUCGCAUUAAAAGGUUAAUAUUGUUGUUGUUUACUUUUCAAAUAAAACAUUUUGUUAGUUAACUUC